AAGAAAAAAUUACAGAAAUUCCUACAGACGAUUCAAUUUUAGAAUUGGCAAAAGAACAAAUAAGAAAAGAAGAUAUUAUAAAAAAAAAUAAUAAUGAAGAUGAUUCAUUCGAAAGACCAAAAAUUUCAAUAAUGAAAGCUCAAGAAACAUUGGAAUUAUUGGAACUUUUUUGGCUUCAGCAGGAUGGCGAUAAUCAUAAGGUUCUUAAGAGUAUUGAUUUUCAAAAAAAAGAAUUACUUUUAUUAAAACAAGCCGGUUUAAUACAAAAAUCACUUAGCGACUAUUUUUAA